UGCCUGAACUGUUGCUGUUCUCCCUCUCCCUCUGUUCCCUCUGUUAAAACAUGGCCCAUCGGCUGCGGUUUCAUUUUGGCUCUGGGCGAAGCAACACAGCCCCAGAAUCGGAGGUUCUCGACCGGGAGAGAGAAGAUGACUUUUUCAUGGCAUUCCACACUUUGCCAAGGAGAAGCAGUCCUCACACUUUUGCCCAACAUGGAGCAGAAUACGGCGGUGGGGAUUUGAAAGAAGCGGGCUCGUUAAAGAGGAGUACAUCCAUGUUUAUUCCCCAGCUGCUGAGCAGCAUGGAUGUGCGUCCCACCAGAAGCUCGUCCAUGCAGAUCUCUCUCCAGUGCAAAGCGGUGAACGGCUGCGCGGAUGAGUGUGCAACUCUGGAAUCUCCGGAGGAGACGCUGUCUUGUAAGUUCUCUGACUUCAGGGAGCACUAUGCACCCUCUGCGGAAAACCAUUCUUCUUGUCCAAGCAGUCCAGAGGGCACUCCGGGAAGUUCCCCCCCAAGGCCGAUAGGAGAGUCAGGGCAGCAGAUGAACGGAACUGUUUGCUCUAACCGCAGAGUGGUUUGCAGUAUUCCUCCUAACAUGCAGAGUGAGGAUGCUCUGUCAGCUGCCCGGGAGGAUGAGGGCAAUGUAGCGGCUUCAGGUUUAAACAUAAGUGGAGUGAGGAUCCAGCAUCGGGCAUCAAGCACAGACGUACCACAGGUGACUCUGUUGCCUUUUGGGUCCGAGGCUCUGAAUAACACUCCCACCCCUGAACCCCGGCGCUGGUCUUUGCAGCACGUGCCGGAUAUGUCAGCGAAUGCAGGGAAGAAGCUGUUUGUGCUCCAGUUACAGCAGCCACAGGCAAGUGGCACAGGUGGCGAAUACAACUUUGGUUUCACUGGCACGAAAGGGGACCGGCUGGUCAGGUAUCCUCGGAUCCAGCUAGAAAGGAGCACUUCCUACCCUGUCCAGCUGCCGACAGAAGAAACCAGCCCCAGAGGUGAUGGAUUGGAUUCAGAACCACAUGGAAAUGGCAGAAGUGGGGCAGAAAUCUCUCGAAGUGGUUCAGUAGAGAGGAUUCCUCAAGGGCAGGGCUGUCUGUUUAAAAUCAGGCCGGAUCAGGGCACGAGGCAGCAGCACUUCAGGAUCCUUGUCACUCGGGGUCCUGAGGAACAAAGCCAGGCUGGUGACACAGAGGGUGCCGGUAGCCCCGGUCCUGCAGCAGCUGGCCCUGCGACCAGAGACGACUUCCUGGGGCAAGUGGAUGUGCCGCUCAGCCACCUCCCGACUGAAGACCCAACAAUGGAAAGGCCGUACACUUUUAAGGAUUUCCUUCUCAGACCAAGAAGCCACAAGUCUCGUGUAAAGGGGUUCUUGAGGCUGAAGAUGGCUUACAUGCCUAAAAAUGGUGGCCAAGAGGAAGAAAACGAUCAACGGGAUGAAUCUGAGCAUGGGUGGGACAUGAUUGAUCCCAAUGACGCUGCAUCUCAACGUCAGGAGGAGCUGCCACCUCCACCACUGCCUCCUGGGUGGGAAGAAAAGGUGGACAACCUAGGGCGGACUUACUACGUCAACCAUAACAACAGGACAACCCAGUGGCAUCGACCAAGUUUGAUUGAUGCAGGAUCCGAUUCUGACAACAAUAUCAGACAGAUAAACCAAGAAGCGGCCCAUAGGCGGUUCCGUUCUCGGAGGCACAUUAGUGAGGAUUUGGAACCGGAACCUAUGGAGAGUGGAGACAUUCCUGAGCCUUGGGAAACCAUUUCAGAGGAGGCGAGUGCGAGUGGCGAUUCCCUGAGCUUGUCGUUGCCACCACCUCCUGCGUCUCCUGUGUCCCGGACCAGUCCUCAGGAGCUGUCUGAGGAGCUGAGCAGAAGGCUUCAGGUCACUCCUGACUCCAACGGGGAACAACUCACUUCUUUGAUUCAAAGAGAUCCUUCUUCAAGGUUGAGAUCCUGCAGUGUGACAGACACCGUUGUGGAACAGUCUCAGCUAUCCUUGCAGAGCAGUCCUGCUAGGAGAGCACGUUCUUCAACUGUCACAGGUGGUGAGGAGCCAACGCCGUCCGUAGCCUACGUGCACACCACACCAGGCUUGCCUUCAGGCUGGGAGGAGAGGAAGGAUGCAAAGGGACGCACCUACUAUGUCAACCACAACAACCGAACCACAACGUGGACGCGGCCCGUUAUGCAGCUGGCAGAAGAUGGCAUGGUCGGUUCAGCAGCAAACAGCAGCAACCACUUAAGCGAACCCCAGAUAAGACGGCCCCGUAGCCUCAGUUCCCCCACAGUGACUUUGUCUGCUCCACUAGAGGGCAUGAAGGACUCGCCGGUGCGCCGAGCGGUGAAGGACACCCUAUCCAACCCCCAGUCUCCCCAGCCCUCUCCUUAUAACUCACCCAAACCACAGCACAAAGUUGCGCAGAGCUUCCUCCCUCCUGGCUGGGAGAUGCGAAUAGCACCCAAUGGCCGGCCCUUCUUCAUUGACCACAAUACGAAAACCACCACCUGGGAGGAUCCGCGGCUGAAAUUCCCAGUGCAUUUGAGGACAAAAGCAUCUCUGAACCCCAAUGAUCUGGGCCCUCUCCCUCCCGGUUGGGAGGAGCGGAUCCACCUGGAUGGCAGGACGUUUUACAUUGACCACAGAAGCCAGGUGUUGAUAUGUGGCGACAUUGAUACCAGAGACUUAGUGCCCUCGUACGAUAAUAAAAUCACGCAGUGGGAAGACCCCCGGCUGCAGAACCCAGCGAUUACUGGACCAGCUGUGCCAUACUCGAGGGAGUUCAAACAGAAGUAUGACUACUUCCGCAAGAAACUAAAGAAACCAGCUGACAUACCAAACCGGUUUGAGAUGAAGCUCCACAGAAAUAACAUUUUCGAGGAGUCCUACAGAAGAAUCAUGUCUGUGAAGAGACCUGAUGUGCUAAAAGCCAGGCUCUGGAUUGAGUUUGAGUCAGAAAAAGGACUGGACUAUGGAGGUGUGGCCAGAGAGUGGUUUUUCCUCUUGUCCAAGGAGAUGUUUAACCCUUAUUAUGGUCUCUUUGAAUAUUCCGCAACGGACAACUACACCCUGCAGAUUAAUCCUAAUUCAGGUCUGUGUAAUGAGGAUCAUCUGUCGUACUUCACCUUUAUUGGGCGGGUGGCUGGACUGGCGGUCUAUCAUGGGAAGCUGUUGGACGGCUUCUUCAUCAGACCGUUUUACAAGAUGAUGCUGGGGAAGCCAAUAACCCUGAAGGAUAUGGAGUCCGUGGAUAGCGAGUACUACAACUCCCUGAAGUGGAUCCUGGAAAAUGACCCUACUGAGCUGGAUCUAAUGUUCUGCAUAGAUGAGGAGAACUUCGGACAGACAUAUCAAGUCGACCUGAAGCCAAAUGGGUCCGAAAUCAUGGUGACAAAUGAGAACAAACGGGAAUACAUUGACCUGGUCAUCCAGUGGAGGUUUGUAAACAGAGUCCAAAAGCAAAUGAACGCAUUUUUGGAGGGAUUCACAGAACUCCUUCCUAUCGAUCUGAUCAAAAUCUUUGAUGAAAAUGAACUGGAGUUGUUGAUGUGUGGCCUGGGCGAUGUGGAUGUCAAUGACUGGAGACAGCACACGAUCUACAAGAAUGGCUACUGCCCAAACCACCCUGUCAUCCAGUGGUUCUGGAAGGCCGUGCUGCUGAUGGAUGCCGAGAAGCGGAUUCGGCUGCUGCAGUUUGUCACUGGGACGUCACGCGUGCCUAUGAAUGGAUUUGCUGAACUCUAUGGUUCAAACGGUCCUCAGCUGUUUACAAUAGAGCAAUGGGGGACUCCUGACAAGCUGCCCAGAGCUCACACAUGCUUUAACCGCCUGGACUUACCUCUGUACGAAUCCUUUGAGGAUUUGCGAGAGAAGCUCCUCAUGGCAGUUGAGAACGCCCAAGGGUUCGAAGGAGUGGAUUAAACCAUCGCCGCCUCCCCUUCCAGCAAGUUCCACUUGCACCUGUGUGACUGCCUGGGGCCUGAGGGACUGUGGCGGCACAGCUGCACAGUGCUGGCUCUCGGAGCAGACCCUCGGGCGGCAUGGUUGCCCGCACCCAGACAUUUGGAAUGCGAGCAGCCUCUCGCCGUGUCCCAGCGGGCUACCCACUGAUGCCCAGGCGCUCGGAUCACAUUUCAGCAGGACUCACUAUUUAUGUUGUGCCUCUGUAGGCAAAGCCCUUAAAUAUUUUCCAUAAUUCCUAAUGGCAAGGAAUGGGAUUAAUCAUUUACAGGUAGAGCGUUACCCCUCUUGUUUCCUUUCUAAUUAAUUUAGACACUUUCAGAUUUUAUUUCAUUACAAUUAAAUAUCAAAUACUUGGAAAAAUGAGCAUUUUCCUUAAUUCCUACCAGCCUUGAUACCCGUGUUGUUUUUCCAAAGCACACUUUGAGCCUUGUGUUCCCGAACUGCUACGAACAUAGGAGGAAGCGAUGCUGGAAGUUUUCUCGACGGGGGCUGUGUAUCGAGAUUUCCCUCACACACGUUGGAAUUUCUCUGCUCCCGCAACACAGACUGGACGUGGCGUUUUGUACGAACACUAGACUGGGGCCCAGUCACGGUGACCCACCCACAUGCCAGAGACCGUGCUGAGUGAAGCCGCUGCCUCACUGCUGGUAAUGUUUCCAAGGACAAAAGCAUUCAGGGGGUUGGUGUUACUCCUGUCAGGAAGAGAUGUUUAACCCUCCUGUCUUUGUACAGCGAUUCUUUUAUUGUCCCUCCCUCUCCACCGCCUGCCACGGAGGCACUGACUGGAACCUGGCACUGCGAAACAGGUCUGUGCAUCUCCUGUUCAUAUGAGUUUGCUGACAGUAUCAAAACAACCAAGGGGGUCGUUCCUGACUGCACAGACUCUAAAGGCACUUUAUGUAACCCAGGGGAGUCGUAUCUGGUUGUAUCACACGCAAUGUGGUUGUUCCUCACCGCACACCCUUCUGGUGCAAUCUCACUCCGUUGUGAAUUGGCUGCUGAUGUACAAAAGAAUCCAGAGAGGCAGAGCUGAGCCUGCAGCCGUGCUCCUCAGCACUGGUUUGGGAUUGAUUUUUUACUUAAUCACAAAGGUUUAUUUAAUAUACACUGCUAUCUAUCUAAUCAAUUUUGUUACCUAUGACAUGUUGCAUGCCUAAACUAUAAUGUCGGAGUUGCAUCUCCUUUGUGAUGGAUUAAAAGUGACCGAUUUGCAUUGGAUCCACUGCAGUGACUGGUUACAGCAUGACUGGAGCGGGUUUGAGGGAUGGCUUCAGCCGGGCCUGCAGUUUUCCCACAUACUUACCUGGGGAGAGGCUCUUUUCCAGGAACCCACAAAAUGCUUAUGAAGCAAGAUGCUGCCUCAGGCCACAACAAGAUUUCACCCCUUGGAGCCCUGCCCUUCCCCUCCCCUGUCCCGAGGAGCUGCCAUGCCCUGUCCAGAGCAGCCUAACUGCUGGUGGGGCGCAGCAAGCAGUGCUGGGGUAGGAAGGGGUGCUGUGGUUUGAACAUGGAUUAGGGUCCAUUUUCUGUUAUGCUCCCUGCCAUUCCAGUCUGACCUUUUGCAUGUGAUGAGCGAGCGAGAAUGCAAAAGCGGACAACACCUGGGUAGGCAAAGGAACCGCGCUCUGGUGAGCUGCGGGAAGGGGGAGAGGAUGAGGUCAAAGCAGGUUUUGCCGUUGCCCCGGAGGACGCCCUGUGCCUUUGGCAACAACAUGGGGUCCCAUCAGGAAGUGUUGUGCUCCAAACCUGGUGUCCUGCCUGCCUCAGCCAGGGGAGUUUCUGGUGUGGCUGGAGGCUCUGUUCAUGCCAGAACUUAACUCCUGAGGUUUAGGGGCUGCAGUUUUUAUUUUUAAGAAACAUGGAGUGCUGGGAGUGGCAGCUUGAGCAGCACAUGGAGAGACUAGGCUGGACUCGGGUAGCAGGGUCAGAGGCCCACCGUGCAGAUCAUGCUGAAAUUUGUGCUAUUUUGGCUUUCUUAUGGUUAAUGCAAACAGCUGAGUACAUGCUCUGGUCCCAGGAACUGCUCUCACCUGUGCAGCAUGCUAUCAUCAACUGUCCUACGCAGGUCUCCAAGCUGGCUUCCCUUUGAUCAGCACGCCCCAGAGGUUAUUCCCAACAGCCCCGGUGAAGGCAGGAGCAAGCCAGCUCCUUCCCUUGCACUCCCCAAGCCAGCAACACCGUUGAUACUCCUCACGGUGCUUUGCCUGUACACAUGCAUGGCAGCUCCUGGCCCUGUGGAAGCAAACAGCCCCAUCCUUGUGCAGGCCAUGAGUGAUCCAGAGCCAGCCAGGCUCUGUGACGGAAGCGCUGUGAGGGGAAGUGCUCGACCCAGUCCCUUUGCACCCAAAGCUUUUGUUACAGGUAAUUCAUUAUGCUGUAGCUCACACAAUUCACAUUGCAGGGCCAGUGGCCACACCGAUG